AUGGUGGUUCUCCUAGAAGGCGACGGACCUCUCGCGACGCUGGCUCUCCUCAAAUCUCCAGGUAAGGGUUUCUUGUGUAUUGGUGGCGACGGAGCUCUCUCUCUCUCGGUGGCGGCUCCGGUUCGUCGAAGCAGUGGUCCGGGACUGUCCGAUGAUGAGGAGAGGUUGGCGGGUGUUCCCGUUGCUUCGACUAACACGUUUACUCAACCAGAUGAAGAUGCGGAGGCGUUGUUCAACCAGAUGAAGAUUAUGGGAAGUCUCUGGGUUAUGUUGUUCAGUAAGGAGGAAGAUGCGGAGGCGUUGCAAAUUUGUUUGUUGUUGUUGCAGGUGUUCCAGUUAAAAGUUAAUGGUGUGGCGUUUAGGUUGAUUCCUGAGUCUACUCAAGUUAAAAAUGCUCUCAAGGUAUGUUGAUUUUGGUGUUAAUAAUAUUGUUACAGAUAAUGUGUCAAGAGAUUAUGCAUUAUGUAUUUGGCCUUAGAUACUGUGCUGAGGUUUCUGGUAAAACAAGCAUUUUUUCUUCUUUGUAGAAGUUGCGCUUAGUUUCUAAAUGUAUAUCUCUUUGUAAACAAGCAUUUUUUUUCUUUAAUCAUCUCAUCUAUAGUUUGUGUAAUCAUCAGUUGUGAUCCGAAAACCUUUAAUAUAUUGAGUGUUUUUAUUUGAAAAUAUAUUAAGUGGUAAAGCUUCUGUUUUUAUUUGUUUGUUUGAAACAUUAACUAGUUUCUGUGUGUUUGUGUGACUGUGUCUUAACAUGCGAGGAUGGAGGGUAGAAGCCGAAGGAAGCUCAUUCAAAGCAGAGGAGUACAUUUGGUCUUCGCGAGACAGGUAAAUGUCUUCUUUUAAUGAAUUCAUUGAAAGCUUUAGGUUGAGUUAGUCAUUGAAAGCUUUUGGUUGAGAUAGAGAGUUAAUGUUUUUUCUUAGUGAACUAGAUUAUGGUUGUGUGAUGAAUGGGUGCUGAAGUGUAAUUAAUGUUUUGUUAGCAGUAGAAUAGGGUUGUGUGAUAAAUAGAAGUGAUGGUUAGCUAGAAACCGUAAUUGAUCUUCUUACUUGUACUCUGUGAUUAACAUUUUUUCAAUAUCUUUGUGGUUAAUGAGUUAGAUAAAUGUCAACUCCAUUUGGUUGUGUGAGUGAUGAAUGCAUCUCUCUUAUCCUCUAUUAAACUCGUCUUCUUCCAUCUCUCUUAUCUUCCAUCUCUCUUUUCCAUCUCUCUUUUCUAUUACCUCAGACAUAUUCAGAAAUGGAUUCCAAUCCAUUUUUGAAUUUAAAUUUCGUUAGUGGCAUAGGUUUACAAUCUUCCCCCAUUCCUUUAUUUGGCACGCAAGCCACACAAGAUGCAAACUUCGAGCAAGCCAAUCCACCGCAACGUAAAGAACGGAGGGUUUGGACAGCAACAGAUGAUGUGGUC